UCCGGACAGACUCACAGCCGCAGACAUGGCUCCGUGAACCGACACAUGGCAGCCAGAAGCCAUGAAUCGAAAGAAAGAACUCACAAAAAAAACCCCGACCAUGUCUAAAUAGCAGCCUCAUUUCGUUUCUUUGGAGACUGUUCCACCACCUGCAGCCCUGUCUGCAGCCAGCAGCCGGCUGUCAGUCCCUGUCAGCGGGGAGAGAGGCGCAACGCGACCCGCUGAUAUUUCGGUUUCUUUACUUUUAAGUUUUUCGUCUGUUCAGACUAAAACUCAACAUGGGGGUCCAAGGUUUCCAAGAGUACAUAGAAAAGCACUGUCCCGCCGCUGUGGUGCCGGUGGAGCUCCAGAGGUUGGCCCGGGGGAGUAUGGUCGGAGGUGGCCGGCAGAGACCCCCUCAGGGUCCGCUGAGGCUGCUGGUGGACGCCGAGAACUGCCUCCACCGGCUCUACGGCGGCUUCUACACCGACUGGGUGAGCGGCGGCCAGUGGAACCACAUGCUGGGCUACCUGGCCGCCCUCUCCAAGGCCUGCUUCAGCGGCAACAUUGAGCUCCUGGUGUGCUUCAAUGGCGCCCUGGAGAAAGGCCGCCUUCACGAGUGGGUCAAGCGGCAGGUGAACGAGAGGCAGACCGCCCAGCAGAUCAUCAGCCACGUCCAGAACAAGGGCACCCCGCCACCCAAAGUCUGGUUCCUCCCUCCGGUGUGCAUGGCCCACUGCAUCCGACUGGCUCUCCUCAGGUUCCGGGUCGGGGUCAUCCAGAGCAUGGAGGACCACCACCUGGAAGUGAUAGCCUUAUGCAGGGAGGGCGGCUUCCACGGCCUGGUGGCCUACGACUCGGACUACGCUCUGAGCAACAUCCCGUAUUACUUCAGCGCCCACGCCCUCAAACUGAGCCGCAACGGCAAAAGCCUCACCACCAGCCAGUACCUAAUGCACGAAGUGGCCCGGCAGCUUGAUCUCAGCCCAAAUCGUUUUAUCAUUUUUGCAUCACUUCUAGGGAAUCACAUACUGCCUGAUGAAGACUUGGCUGCCUUUCACUGGAACCUACUUGGUCCAGAGCAUCCAUUAGCAUCACUGAAGGUUCGUGCCCACCAGCUCGUGCUCCCUCCCUGUGACGUCGUAAUCAAGGCUGUGGCCGACUACGUCCGCAACAUCCCAGACAUCUCCAACCUGGAGGCCAUCGCUAAGGACAUCUUCAAGCAUUCGCAGUCUUGCACCGAUGACAAAAUCAUUCGCUUCAAGAAGGCAGUGGAGUACUACUCAGCAGCCAGCGAAGCCCCUCACUUCCCUCCACACCUAGUCAGACCAAAACACACAGAAGUGUGUGCUGCAGUGCCAUCACCAAAAAUGCUCAACAUUCCACAGGUGCCGCUGCCUGUAAAACCCGGGGCCCAGCACUCGUACCCAGAGCCUCUGGUGGAGCGCAAUCUGUCUGUGGACUCUGUGGAGAAAGGCCUCCUGGAGCAAAACAGCUUCAGCAACAUUCCUGAUGAAGGGAAGCACACACCGUUGUACGAGAGGUCCUCUCCCAUCAACCCGGGCGAGGCCGGCAGCCCCAACCACACAGAGGCCGCUUUCUUCAACGCCUCCUCCACAUCCUCCUCCUCGGAGAACGAUGAGAGCUCAGGCACAACUGCCAAUCACGUUAACGACCUUAAGGAAGGGUGGCAGAAAAAUGGACACUCCUACAACACACCAGAGGGAAACCUGGGGGACCAAUCAAACUCCGAUCUCUGUGGAACCUCUGCUGCGAGUCCAGGAUCUCAGGCCGGUGGUCUCCACAGCCUGAAUGCACAGAUCCCCUCCCUGCUCUCCAUGCCAACCAGGAACCACAUGGACAUCACCAUCCCACCUCUCCCUGCCGUGGCCCCCGAGGUCCUGCGAGUGGCCGAGCACAGACACAGGAAGGGUCUUAUGUACCCCUACAUCUACCACGUCCUCACCAAGGGAGAGAUUAAGCUAUCUGUCACCAUUGAAGAUGAAGCUAACAAAGACCUGCCUUCAGCAGUGCAGCUGUUUCGACCUAUCCGUCAGUAUGUUUACGGAGUGCUCUUCAGCCAGGCGGAGGCCAGGAAGAAGGCUGAGAGACUCGCCAUGAGGAAAAACUGCCUCCCUGAAUACACACACAUCAUGGUCAAAGAGUGGGCCGCCUACAAAGGCAAGUCUCCUCACACUCCGGAGCUGGUGGAGGCUCUGCCCUUCAGGGAGUGGACCUGUCCCAACCUGAAGAAGCUGUGGCUGGGGAAGGCUGUGGAGGACAAGAACCGCAGGAUGAGGGCGUUCCUGGCCUGCAUGCGCUCCGACACUCCGGCCAUGUUGAACCCAGCCAGCGUCCCCACGCCCCUCCUGGUGCUGUGCUGUGUGCUCCGGUUUAUGUUACAUUGGCCAGGAGUAAGAAUUUUGCGUCGUAACGAACUUGACGCUUUCCUAGCCCAAGCACUUUCUCCUAAACUUUAUGAGCCUGACCAGCUGCAGGAACUGAAGAUCGACAACCUGGACCCCCGGGGAGUCCAGCUGGCAGCUCUGUUCAUGAGCGGGGUGGACAUGGCUCUGUUUGCCAACGACGCCUGCGGACAGCCGAUUCCCUGGGAGCACUGCUGUCCCUGGAUGUACUUUGACGGCAAGCUGCUUCAGAGUAAACUCAUCAGGGCCAACAGGGAGAAGGCCCAGCUCAUCGACCUCUGUGAUGGUCAGGCUGAGCUGGCCGCCAAGGUGGAGAAGAUGCGUCAGAGUAUCCUGGAAGGUCUCAACUUCACCCGCCUGCCUCAUCCUCCUCCGUUCCCACCACUGCCGCCACCACCUCCUCACGCGAUGCCUUUCUACCCCCCACCUGGUUCCUUCUACGCCCCGCCACCAAUGAUGCCACCGCCCCCAGGAAGAGGCAGGGGGAUGGCCGGACUUCAAGGAAUCUCGGCACAAGGUGGGAAGCUGGAGAUCGCCGGCACCGUGGUGGGUCAGUGGGCCGGCAUGAGACACAGCCGAGGAAGAGGAGGCUUCCCUGUCCAGGUGGUGUCUGUUGGUGGACCGAACAGAGGUCGUCCCAGAGGUGUGAUCUCCACACCUGUCAUAAGGACGUUUGGUCGAGGGGGAAGGUACCACACUCGAGUCUUCAAGAGUCAGGGAGCAUACCUGCCAAGCAGAACUGCUCACAAGCCUGCUCAUGCAUCUGGGCACGAUGCGGUGAAAGAGAGAAAGAAACCCAAGUCAGAGGAGAAGAAAUCCUCUCCUGCACCGAGCGACGGCUCAGCCACAGAGAACGGUGUGGAGGACAAAGAACCGGAGCAGCUGAACGGAGAUAAAGACGAACGUAGGGCUCUCAUCCAACCUGAAAGUGCCUUUAGCAGUGACUCCAAGACGUGCAAUACUAAUCCUCACUUAAAUGCACUAAAUGUAGACAGCGGCUACCACAGAGAUGAAGGUCUGGAGGCCGCCGUCUCACAAAAAGAAGAGUAAGCCUAUUUUUCUAGAGAGGGUGAAGGUUGAAAGAUGGAACCGGUUUAGGAAUAUCAGUAAACACACAAGAUAGGACACACUGGUAGUUUAAAGGAGUCGUUCACUCCCUUGUCACCAAGACUUGUACAUGUUUAUAAGAAUGACGCUUUUUUUCCUUUCUGAAUUAGCAUAUUAAAGCUUCAAGAAGCUUUAAUGAAUAUUUUAGUUCUUCUAGGUUGAUACGCUAAAGCAAAAAUCUUCCGCUUCGGUCACCACUUUGAGUUUCAGUUGACUUUAAGCAACUCUGUCCAUUAGUUCAGACGAGCUCCACUUCAGUACACUUUUAGCUGUAAGUAACAUUUCAAGAAACGGCUCUAAAAUCAGACAAAAAUCAAACUCUGAUAGUCAACUUGGUUUCUUGGAUCAAGCGUAGAGCUGCAGUAUUACCGCUUGUGCAUGGUUUCGCCGUUCGAGAGGUGUGUAGCUAUUAUGCAUGUUGUCCGUUUUCGUCCAUCCCUCCGAGUCCAGUGCCCAUUCGCAAAAUGAAAGACGUGGCUAAUAUUGUCGACAGCCCAUAAAAGGUGUUAACUGUUAGUAACGGAUUUGUUCUGACCUUGAAUUUCUUUGUGAUAUUGACCUCUGUUGCAUUAAUUAAAAAAAAAGAGUUAUCUAGCCACGUUGCAAUAGUGUAUUCAUACUAUAUUGUUCUCUGUUGCUGUUUUCUGCAUUAAAUAUCUGAGAAAAAAAAAUCUAUAGAAUAGGCUUUGAAGAAGAAUCGCCCCCCCUUUUGUAGCUUCCAAAGCAACGUGCUUCACCUUCCAGUUGAGACGCCACAGUGAUCAGUUUUGAGGUUUCUUUUAGUGUUGUUUUUACUCUCACAUGUAACAUUUCCACCGAAUUCUCCUGAAGCUUUCCAUCUUUUCAUUAGUGAUCAGAGAAACGAUGUGCUCCCUUCAACCCCCCCACCCCCCACACCCCUCCCACUCCCAGUCGACCUCGCAACAAGCUAUAUAGAUUACCUUCUAUGUAUGUUGAUCAGAGUUUCUUCCUAACCCAUGGAUUGUAAAGGAACGAACAGCAGCUGGGUUUGAAUGUUGAUGGAUUGUGGCGUGAUGUGUUUGAAGGCAACUUAGCUACAAUGCUUAAUAAAACUAUAUUCUUUUAGUACAA